AUGGAUGCUACUUUGGGCCUUUCUUUGGCAUCGGGAUUCGGUCAACUGAAAUGGACUCUCCUGAAGCGCAGAAAGCAAAACAUUCAGACGAUACAACGGCUAGACUCGGCUAGCAGAAGCACAAUAGGCAGUAUCUGCCUGCUCUUGUCGAAACACGACAGAAGUAUGCUCGCAGUGCUCUUUCACGGCCUCGAUGACGAUGCUCGCAGACAACUUGUAUCGGAGUAUAUGAACGGCAAGCUGGAAAAAAUCAGCCUGAUGGAAAAGAUUGCUGAAGCGCUAGAGGUGAGCUUGAGGACGAACAAUAACCAUGGAGGAACAGAUUUGUCUGCAGCACGAACGGAUCUCGAACGUCUCGAACCAGUCGACUGUAGCACUAAUAAGGAUUCCAGCUCAGAGAGCAUCUACGACGAAAGGGCGAGGACAUGA